AUGUCUGAGUCCGAGAGCGUCGACGUUUCUCAGCAUGAGGAGGCCAUCGCUUCCUCAUCUGAGGCGGCACCCAACGAGCCCCAGAGCCCUCUGGCGACGGAAACGCCUGCAUCCCCCGAAACACCAGUGAAGGAGCAGGCCAAGGAGGCCGCGGCAGCAAAGCCGACUCUGAAGCAACCUGGUGCGACCCCCGCGACCGGUACUCGUCGCCCUGUCGCCACUUCGACAACGGCCAAGCCCACCACGGCCAGCGCUCGUGCUCCUGGUGGUCUGAGCAAGCCCCCGACUCGACCUCCUACCUCGACCGUUCGCCGCCCCCCGACUGCGAGCUCCAUCUCGAGCCACCGAAGCCGGCCCAGCAUGAGCGCCAGCGAGGAUGACAAGAAGUCCACUACCUCUAGCGUUUCUUCGGCUCGAAGGGCGAGUUCUAUUGUAUCCAGCCCAGGCAAGACUGCUGAGAGGAGGACCAUUGGCACUACAGGUUCGACAACCGCCACCCGACGAGCCCCGUCUACAUCGACCACGGCCCCACGAACUGCUGUUAGCCGAACUUCUGCUACCCCCACCAGUACGGCAACCCGCACGACUGCCACUCGAACAACUGGCACAACACCUACCGCGAACAAGCGACUUUCUACUUCGGGAUCCUUGACUGCCGCUUCGCGAACCGCAACUCGACCUACUGCAGCUUCCGCGGAGGCUGCUAAAGAGAUUGAGGCGCUCAAGGCUAAGCUAGCUGAGGGUGAAACCGAGAUUGAGAACCUCAAGGCGGAAGUCAAGACCUCCGAGGAGAAGAUUGCAGAGCUCACCGAAAAGGUGGGUAAGGAGCCGGUGGCUACCGAGACAGAGUAUAGGUCCAGCCAAGAUACCGGCGUGGCAUUUGCUUUCCUCAAGUCUGAACAUCAGUCUGCAAUUACCGCUCUCGAGUCCCAGGUUUCUGAGGCAAACGAGAAGCUCCAGGCUGCCGAGACCGACCUUCAGAAGCUUCGAGCUGACCUUGAUUCUGCUGUGAGCGCGAAGGAGGCCAGCGAGACCGAGCUUGAUUCAUUGAAGAAGCAGCUCGAGACCGCUCACAGUGAGAAUGAGGAAAAGCUGAACUCCAGCCAGGAGGCACUCCAGAAGGCCAUCGAAGAGAAUGCUACCAAGAUUGAGGAGCUCAAGGCUUCCCUCGAGGCCGAGAAGGCCACGGCUAUCGAGGCCUUGGAAGUAAAGCAUAAGGAAGGUCUUGAGAAGGAUCAAGCUGAUGCGUCCUCCCAAGAGUCUGCUUUGGCUGAUCUCAAGGCCCGCCACGAGGCUGCGACCGCUGAACUGCAGAAGAAGAUCGAUGAGUUGACCUCUUCUCAGUCUGCCCUGGAGUCCGCCAAUGAUGACAAGAUCAAAUCCGAACAGGAGGAACACCUCUCCAAGAUCUCUGCUCUCGAGGCCGAGGUUGCUGAGCUUAAGGUUAAGGUCGAGACUGCCGAAAAGGAAACCGAGGCAGCUAGGUCUGAGAUCGAGUCACUCAAUGGCGAGAUUAGCAAGCUCCAGUCAAGCUUGACUGAGAAGGAGUCCGAGCUCGAGAGUGCUAAACAGGACCUUGCCAAGACUCAAGAGGAGGCUGCUUCUCUCAAGGCCGCUGCUGAGGAGGCUCAAAAAUCUCUUGCCGAGAAGGAGGAUGAAAUCGCCACGGUCAAGGCCAAGUACGAUGAGCUCGAGGCUCAACACAACGAGCUUCAGUCAUCCUCCUCAGAGACUGUUGCAGGCCACAGCAAUGCUCUUGAAGCCGCCAAGGCUGAGCACGCCGCAGCCGUCGCCGCUCUUGAGGAAAAGCAAGCCGAGCACCAGAAGAACCUCGAUGCGCUCCGUGCCAGCCAUGCUGAGGAACUCGAGUCUGCAAAGAACUCUGCUUCCGGCGAUCACGAUGCUCACAUUGCUGAGCUCGAUUCUCUUAAGGAAAGCCAUGCUAAGCAACUGGAGGUCAUCAAGAACGAGGGUGCUACUUCCCAUGCUGAUGAACUUGAGUCGCUCAAGGCUGCUCAUACUAGUAUGCUAGAAGCGCUCAAGAAGGAGCACGGUGAGGAGAAGGAGAAGUUGGUAACUACUCACCAGAGCGAGCUAUCUUCCGUCAAGAAUGCAGGCGAGGAAUCUCACGCCACUGAAAUCGCUAAGCUCAUGUCAGAGCUUGAUAGUGCAAGAGAAUCUGGCGAGAGUGCCCAUGCAGCCGAACUAGAGUCUUUCAAGGCCAAGCUCGAGGCUGAAAAGGUGGCCAGCGAUAAGGAGCAUGCCGAGGCUUUGGCCACGGCUCAAGCAGGAAUUGAUGCUGCCAAGAACGCAGGCGACGAAGCCCACGCUGCUGAGAUCACCAAACUCAAGGCUGACCUUGAAGCGGCAAGGGAUACCGCUCAAAGGUCUCUGGAAGCUGAGUUGGAGGCUUUGAAGAUCCAACUUGAAGAGACCAAGAAGACUAGCGAGAGCAAGCAUGCUGAAGAAUUGGCCAACCUUAAGGCUGAGCUUCAAAAUGCCAAGGACGAGGUCGAGAAGGCCCGCGCAUCUAACUCAGAGGCUAUCGAGAUGGCUCGUUUCGAGCUUGAGAAGGAGCAUGCCGACGAGGUUGAGAAGCUUCUGGCCUUCAACGGCGAGGUUAUGGAACGCAUGAAGAACGAGGGUGCUGACGCCAAGAAGGAGUUGGAGGAGCUGACCGGUGUUCAUACCAAGACCAUCGAGGAUAUGAUGGCAGAGCACAGAAGCAACAACAGACACUUGGAAGAGAAGCUUGCACAGCAAGCCGCCUCCAACUCUGAGCUCGAGACUGCUCUCCAGGCUGCUCAUGAGUCUCUUGAGAAGGCUCAACAGGAGGUUGAGGAGCUUUCUCAGCAGCUCGCCCAGGAGAAGACAGAGCGAUUCACCGCUCUUGCUGAACUUGAGGACGCGAAGAACACCAAGCCUGACAAUUCUGAGGCUGACUCUCUCAAGCGGGAGCUUGCUACGCUCAAGAAGUUCCACGAGGAUGUCCUAGCUGGUGCUGACGCUGAGCUCAAGGGAACGCAGAAUCAGCUUGAGGAUGCAAGGACCAACUUCAACAACCUCACACAGGAUCUUGCCCUUGCUCAGAAGGAGCUUGAGGCGUUCAAGGCUGAGGCUGACGCAGGCAAGAAGACAGCCAGCGCCGACUACCAAGAUCUCAAUGAUAGCAUGACCGCGCUCGUUGAGGAGGCUACCAGCAAUGCCAAGCAGCUCCAAGCAAAGUUGGACGAGACUGCUGCCAAGGUUCAGGACAGCGAGAAGCAGAUCGCGAUCCUCGAAGCUCAACUCAAGGUCAAGGAUGCUGAGAUUGCUGAGGCAAAGGCCAACGCUGCUGCCAAGCCAAAGGGACUCGCGGCCAGCAGAUUUGCCAGCGCAGAGGAGGGCGACGACGCCGCUGCUGCAGCGGAAGGUGAGGAGAUUGACGACCAUUCCUCAGUAGCACUUGCUUCGAUAAGUAAGGCCAGACUUACAGCUAAGCAAAUGGAUACCCUCGAUAGGGAAAUGAGGGAUCGCAACUUGCAGCUGUUGAAGGCUAUCACGGAUGUCAAGUCACCAAAGCUGGGGGGUGAGCAUCACUUCGAGCAACAGCAAUACAGUUAA